GCCGCGCAUGCAUGCAUGCCAAACAUGGCGACGCCAGAGUCCGUGAGUCCAUGGCCUCUUCUCCCGGGUUAGUUGGCGACCCGUAUUGAACGAGGAGAUGCACAUCCCUAUCUGCUCGCCGUAGCCGCCUCAAUUCCCUCGUCGCUACCCGGCCCGCGGCCAAGGUCGAAGGCCAGAGUUCUAUAUAAACACGCGCGCGCCAAACCCAGCUCAUCACACGAACCCAACCGAGCUCUAGCUGAGCCAAGAACCCCGCGCGUCAUCCAUCCCUCUCUUCUUGAGCGCGCGGGAGCUGCGGCGAGGCGCGGCAAUGGCGGUACAGGGCGAGGAGAAGGAGAAGGCGGCGGGCGGGGGCAGGAGGAGGGGGCACCCGCUGCUGCGCGGGUGGAGGCGGGAAAAGUACACGCACGGGAUGCACCCGGCGCAGAUGGAGGCGCUCCGCGCCAUGUGCGGCGCGCUCAUCCCGUCGCUGCCCGGGGACGGCGGCCACGGCGACGCCGGCCGCGGCGACCCGCCCGGCGGCAAGGACCUCGAGCGCUUCUACCUCGCCUCCGCCUCCGACUCCGCCAUCCCGGACGAGGUUGCGGAGCUGAUGGUGACGCGGUGCAUCCGGGAGGCGGUGGCGCUGGCGUGGGUGGUGCUGUGGGUGCUCAGCACGCGGGUCGGCACGCUGCUGCUGUGCGGCCGGCUGUGCGUCGCCGGCGAGUUCCCCUACGUCCGCAAGUUCGCCGACAUGCCGGCGGAGCGGCGGGAGGCGUCGAUGCAGCGGUGGAACAGGGUGCGGUGGCUGUUCCCGCUCCGGAUCGCCUUCGCCAUCAUCAAGAUCCUCUGCCACUACGUCUUCUACGCCAUGGUGAACGAGAACUCGGAGAACCCAUACUGGAAGGCGAUAGGAUACAGCGUGGACGAGCCACAGGAGGAUCAGACGGAGUCGACACCGUCGCCGUCGAGGCCUCUCGACGUCGGCGUCGUGGAGACCAGGCUGCUGAACGACAACGCGCUGCUCAGGUCACUCGUGGGCAGGGGCCUUACGGUGAAGCCGGGCGCGUCGGACGCGCGACACCACACGGUGCAGUGCGACGCCGUCAUCGUCGGGUCGGGCUGCGGCGGCGGCGUGGCCGCCGCGGUGCUCGCCUCCGCCGGGUUUAAGGUGGUCGUCGUCGAGAAGGGCGACUACUUCACCGCCGAGGACUACAGCUCGAUCGAGGGCCCGUCAAUGGAGCGUCUCUUCGAGAGGGGCGGCAUCUUCUGCACGUCCAACGUGACCACGAUGAUAUUCACGGGCGCGACGGUCGGUGGAGGCUCGGCAGUGAACUGGUCGGCGAGCAUCCGUACGCCGAGGGAGGUGACGCAGGAGUGGGCCCGCGAGCACGGUCUACCGGUGUUCGCGAGCCCGGGGUACGCGCAGGCCAUGGACGCGGUGUGCGCUCGGCUCGCGGUGACUGACGGGUGCCGGGAGGAGGGGUUCCAGAACAAGGUGGUGCGCCGCGGCUGCGAGGCGCUCGGCCUGUGCACCGACGCCGUGCCGCGAAACUCGUCGGAGGGACACUUCUGCGGGAGCUGCAACUUCGGGUGCCCGACCGGCGACAAGCGUGGCACCGACACGACGUGGCUUGUGGACGCCGUCGCGCGCGGCGCGGUCAUCCUGACUGGCUGUAAAGCCGAGCAUUUCGUGUUCGAGAAAAGCACCGGCGGACGCGGCCGGAGCAAGAAGUGCGUGGGCCUGGUGGCGACGUGCACGAGCAAUGUCAUCACCAAGAAGCUGCGCAUCGAGGCCAAGGUCUCGAUCGCGGCGUGCGGGGCGCUCAUGACACCACCGCUGCUGCGCAACAGCGGGCUCAAGAACCGGCACAUCGGCAGGAACCUUCACCUCCACCCGGUGUCCAUGGCGUGGGGAUACUUCCCGGAGAAUAAGCAGGAGCCGCAGCUCACCGGCAAGUGCUACGAGGGAGGCAUCAUCACCAGCAUGCACCGCGUCACCGAGCGCACUAUCAUCGAGACGCCGGCGCUGGGUCCGGGCGCCUUCGCUGCCAUGGUGCCAUGGGAGUCUGGCCGCGACAUGAAGGAGCGCAUGCGCCGGUACUCCCGCACCGCGCACGCCUUCGCCCUGGUCCGCGACCGCGGCGAAGGGUUCGUGGACGGCGAGGGCCGUGUGCGCUUCACCCCGAGCCGCGAGGACGUCGACGAGCUCCGGAACGGCCUGCGCCGCGCGCUGCGCAUCCUUUUGGCCGCGGGCGCCGCCGAGGUCGGCACCCACCGCAGCGACGGGCUCCGGCUGCGGUGCAAGGGCCUGCGCGACGAGGACCUCGAGGCGUUCCUGGACGAGGUGACGAUCGAGAAGGGGCCCAUGCACUCGAGGACCGACAAGUGGGCGCUCCACUGCUCGGCGCACCAGAUGGGCAGCUGCCGGAUGGGCUCCAGCCCUAUAGAAGGAGCCGUGGACGGCAGCGGCGAGAGCUGGGAGGCCGAGGGGCUGUACGUGUGCGACGGCAGCCUGCUGCCUACUGCCGUCGGCGUGAACCCCAUGAUCACCAUACAGUCCAUCGCCUACUGCCUCUCCAAGGGCAUCGCCGAGUCCCUGGUGCAGGGCAAGAAACAGUAGCCAAUACUCGAGACGUCCUAUUCGAUAAGUCGAUGCCUGUGUGUGUGUACAACAUCUAAGUGUGCUUGUUAAUCGAGUGUACCGAGCUCGUCUAUUGCACUCCAUUGUGCAGAUGGUUCGCGGUACAUUAUCGUCAGUCGCCGCUCAAUUCUUCCUUGUUUCUGUUUGAAGAUCGCCCACUUUGUAUGUACAGGAUUGUUGUUCAUCGUGACCUCUAUGAUCUUUGUU